AUGAGGGCAAAGGCAGCUGUCCUCCCUGACUUGCUAACCCUAGGCCUUAUGGCGGGGUAUACGGAUAAGGGAGGGGGUAGCCCUACAGAUGUUGGGAUGGGGACAGACAAAGCCCUGUUGGGAUCUCUUACCCAAGGGAAUAGGCCACACUUACAAUAUAAAAGCAGUUCAAAGUCCCCAUACUGGUCCACUAGGGCUCCAGUAGUUGACAACUUUGCUCCUCUCCCCAAGGUUCUCCUUCAGUUACAACCUAGUCUCUUUGAUUCUUCCAGCUACUCCUUGGUUACAUCACAGCCAGCUUAG